CUGUCUUUCGCCCACGUUUCUCUUCUUUUUUUUAUCGUUUUCGUUAAAGUGCGUUAUUUCUCUCAGCUGUUCACUAGGUCCUGCCAUAUACUCACCCCAAGUGCCAUUGGGCCAUGUCGACCAUCUGUAAUGUCAAGGCAACUACCUUGGGGUAUGCCCCUAAUGAAGCGGCCAGUUACAUUUUCACUAUUGGAUUCGGCUUGUGCGGCAUCGUCACCACCUUCUUGGGGGUGAAAAGGCGCACAUGGGCUUUCUCGACGCCCAUUGCUGCCGGCAGUUUUCUGGAAUGUGCAGGUUACGCUGCACGUAUCGCAAUGCAUUUCAACCCAUGCAACUCCGAUGCCUUUAGGCUGCAGAUCGUUGCCAUCAUCCUCGGUGCCACCAUCAUCUGCGUGGGAUUGUACCUGACGCUGAAGGACUUCAUAAAUGCGCUUGACCCAUCCCUAUCGCGCAUGAGGCCACGAUGGUACCCUAUCAUUUUCGUUCCAGCAGAUGUAUCGUGCCUCGUUGUGCAGGCGAUCGGGGGUGCUCUGGCAGCUUCUGCCGGAGGUGGCCGAUCGUCUGGAAACACGAUCCGUCCCCCAAACAUGUCUCUGAUGAACGCAGGGAAUAAUACCAUCGUCGUAGGGAUCUGCCUUCAGGUUGUUGUGCUUAUCUGUUUCGGUCUCGUAGCCGGCGAUUUUGUGUUAAGGGCAAGGAAAUCGGCGCAAUCACCAGAGUCAAUUGUUCGACCUGACGCGAUAUGGACGCAGCGGCGAUUCAAGACUUUCAUCUUCGCCAUCACUGGAGCCUACACGGCCAUACUUAUCCGGUGUAUCUACCGCAUUGCAGAGAUGGCAGGAGGCUGGGGGAACGAAAUAAUGCAAGACGAGCCCACUUUCUCAGUCUUUGAAUCUCUCAUGAUCCUGAUUGCCUGCAUACUACUGUCCGUCUUUCCUCCAAGCGGUAUCCUGCCUCUUAUUUCGACUCCACAAGACGGAAAUAUGAGCAGCUCAAACCUAGCAAUGAGGGUUGAGGGGACAAACCAGACUAUCGGAAUGGGCUCAGUUAACCCAUCAACUAGCGAGUCCUGGAACGGAAUUGGAAAGAACGAUCAAAACGGUCAAGCGGCUUCUCAUUAACUGGCCACUCGAUAGUCCGCUAUGAGUGGUAGCGGCAACACCGGUUCAGUUCCUUGAUGUGAACAAAACAGUGAAUGCUAUUUGUAGCAUUCACCAAUCAAAGGAGAAGGGGGUCGGUCCCAAAAUCGUCACACAAUGUAUUCAUAAAUUGAUAUCAAGUCCACGGGAGAGUGAGCGGGCUAAAUGGAUGAUAUAAAGAUAAA